GCUCACCGUGUAAGCUUUUAGUAAUACAGUUCUCUCUUCUUUGAAUUACUCUCAACCCUUCCGUCUCUCUGUAUUCCUGAAAGAGAAGAAAUGGCUGGAUCAACAUCGAAAUCAAAUAAUCCUAAAGCAAGGAAGAGGGUUGAAGUUGAAACGAAUGCGAUGAAGCGUGCAAAGGAUGGAAGCGCUUUCACCAGAUGUGAAGAGUGUAACAAAGAUGUUCCAGUGGUGCUCAUUGACAUGCAUAAUUGUAGCAUUGAGUCUAGGAUCAAGAUGAAGUUAGAGGCACAUGUUGUAGAAAGGGACGCAGAAGCAAAGAAACCAGUAGAAAAGAAAAGGAAAGUUGCAUCAUCCGAACCAAAAGUAAAGAAAAGCAAGCCAGGGAAGAAAGUGAAGGACCCUAAUGCACCCAAGCGCCCUCCAACUGCCUUCUUUCUCUUCAUGGAUGACUUUAGAAAAUCAUACAAGGAAGAGAAUCCAGAUGGAAAGGAUGUUAAAGUGGUUGCAAAAGAAGGUGGUGCUAAAUGGCAAUCCAUGACAGAAGAGGAGAAGAAACCUUAUCUUGAUAAAGUACAAGAGCUGAAGGAAGAGUAUGAAAAGGCUCUGGAAACCUACAAGGAGCAAGAGAAGCAAGAUGAUGCGGAUGAACAAGAGGAACAAGUGGAUCCAGGUUCAGAGAAAGAAGAGUAGAAGAUAUGGAAAAUAGUUUUGGGCCUCAUAUGGAAGGCUUUGUUGUCCUUGUAAAUGUUUGAGUAGGUUUAGAGUAGUGACUAGUAUACUUUGUUUCCUUCUAGUACUCUCUCCAAGGGGGUUAAAGUUUUGGCAUUGACAGUUUAUGAUCUUAAGAAAUGAUCCUCUUGUCCUUCUCCAUUGUAGAAACUUUGGUAAUUGUCUGAAUGGUAACACAGUUUCAAAUCA